ACAAGCCCGGCAAUUCGGGCAAUUCAGCAAAUUUUCAAACGUUUUUGCGUUGCUAUGUAUGGCAAUAAAGAAUUAUUUAUGUAUUCAACAAUGGUUUAAGCGUAGGAUGUGAUUGUCCUGCGUCUCGCAAAAGGUUUGUAAGACCAGAAUGUAUGCAACUGAAGUGAUGGCUGCAGGAUUAUCUUGACGAAGCAUUUCCAAGUCAUAAUAUAAUGGACCAAGCAGAGUUAUUCACCUUCAAGUACAUUUCUCCAGUUGAGUUACAACAAGUGGUGAAAAGUGUUCAACAAAAGCGGCAGGACAGUCUGAUAGAUGAAAAAUGGCGAGACAGACUUCAGAGACUUCAAACGUCGCACUUGAAAGAAGUGGUGGAUGUGAAAGAAGAACAAGAAAAUCAGACAGAGUCAUCUGAAAAUGAUUUCAGUUCUGAGAGUGAAAACGAAAGCCCCUCUAAAAGCAGUAGUUACAACAGCAGCACUUCUGAAGACACGUCCAAUUUUAAAGAAGCAGAACAGCCGCAGCCAACACGUAGAUCGAAGAAAUCAGUCCAGGCUAAAGUGGUACAGAAGCCUAUGCCCCACAGACAUACCAUUGCAAACAUCAAGAAGUGCCAGACAGAUUUGAGAGACCUCUUCAUUACGAUUCUCAGGAAAUUUGAAAUCAAGCAAGUGGUGCACGAAGACGAGUCCGAAGACGCAGAACAGAGGAGGAAGAUCAGGCUGUCUGAAUUCACUGCCAGACUAAGGAGGAAUUAUUUGUGCACCUUGAAAUUUGAGACUGAGCGUGCAAAUCUCUUCAUUCGGAGACAAGAUGAGAGCUCUGCUGCCAAGCAGGCAGCUCUCCGAACCCUGAGUCGAGCAUUAGCCGUCUCACGUUCAGCCUUGAAGGCUUUUCAAAUUCAAACUGCUCUGUGGGUUGACUUCCUCCUCAAGUUGGAUGUGCUCCAAGAGAUCCUGGAGCUAAUGGCUGGCCUUGAUGAAGCAUUGGAAGUGAUGAAUGUCUUGGACGACGAGUAUAUUCAAGCAAGGAAAAGUUUGUACAGCGCACUUUCCAAAGCUUACGUUGAUGCCGAGCUUGAGAGACUACGGAGGGAAAAUACCCAAAUGCCAAGCCUAAAAAUCGCAAAGCCUGCAGUUAAACAAGUUGCAAAGAAAAGGCCUGGUUUUGUAAAGAAGCAAAUAGGAGUGCCUGGAAAGAAACAGCCCCUUUUAAAAUCCAAGAAACAAAGUCCAACUGAUCAACCUGCAAAGCUGGAUUUACAAAUCCCUAUCAGAGUACCUGAAAAAUCCAGAGAAGGCCCCAAUGCCAAGCUCCUAAUGAUGAAACAUGACAGUCUUGAUAACGCCGCGCAUACUGAAAUCCAAUCUGCUCGAGCUUUACGUGGGACAACAGAGGUAGAGACUCAAACAGAUGGACAGACAAUGCCUUUAGAGGAAACUGCUAGUUUGGGGUGUGAUAUUUAUCAACUAGCUCAGGAGGUAUUGAACGAAGUGUCUGACGGGAACAGUGAAGAUAAAAUGGCUGCAAUCAUUGAGCAGAUUAUUUGCCAAGAACUAAUCUAAGUCUUGUGAUAGAUGUAAGAAAAGCCUGACGUAUUUUUCAACGAAAAUUUCCACUACAUUUAUUAAACAAAAAUAUAUUUUGACGUUAA